GGCGGGCGCCGGCGGCGGAGCGGGGAUGCUGAGCGGCUGCUAGGAGGCGGCGCGGCGGCGGCGGGGCUCCGGGCGGGCGGCUGGAUGUCCCGGGCCUGCGGCUCCCUGCGCUUCCCGCCGUCCAGGGGCGCCAGUCAUGGGCGCCGCGGCUGUUGAGGCGCCGCUCCGGCUGCCGGCCGCGCCCCCGCUCGCCUUCUGCUGCUACACGUCGGUGCUGCUGCUCGUCGCCUCGGCUCUGCCCGGGAGCCGCGCGUCCAGCCAGCCCCCGGGGGCCGGCGGCGGCGGGGACUGUCCGGGCGGCAAAGGCAAGAGCAUCAACUGCUCAGAAUCAAACGUGAGGGAGUCUGAUGGAAGACUUUGUGACGAGUUGUCAUGCAGAUAUGGUGGAGUCUGCAGAGAAGACGGAGACGGCCUGAAGUGCGCAUGUCAGUUUCAGUGCCAUACGAAUUAUAUUCCUGUCUGUGGAUCAAAUGGGGACACUUAUCAAAAUGAAUGCUUCCUCAGAAGGGCUGCCUGCAAGCACCAGACAGAGAUAACAGUAGUAGCAAGAGGACCAUGCUACUCUGAUAAUGGCUCUGGAUCUGGGGAAGGAGAAGAGGAAGGUUCAGGGGCAGAAAGUCACAGAAAACAUUCCAAGUGUGGGCCUUGCAAAUACAAAGCUGAGUGUGAUGAAGAUGCAGAAAAUGUUGGGUGUGUAUGUAAUAUAGAUUGCAGCGGCUACAGUCUAAACCCUGUGUGUGCUUCGGACGGGAGCUCCUAUAAUAACCCCUGUUUUGUUCGAGAAGCAUCUUGUAUAAAGCAAGAACAAAUUGAUAUAAGGCAUCUUGGUAAUUGCAAAGAUCCCGAUGAUGGCAGUUUGUUGGGAAAGAAGAAUGAUGGACUCCAAUAUCGACCGGAUGUCAAAGAUGCUAGUGAUCAAGGAGAAGAUGUUUAUAUGGGAAACCACAUGCCUUGUCCUGAAAGCCUCAGUGGCUACUGUAUUCAUGGAAAGUGUGAGUUCAUCUACUCAACUCAGACGGCUUCUUGUAGAUGUGAGUCUGGUUACACUGGACAGUACUGUGAAAAGACAGACUUCAGUAUUCUCUACGUAGUGCCGAGUAGGCAAAAGCUCACGCACGUGCUUAUCGCCGCGAUUAUCGGAGCCGUCCAGAUCGCCAUUAUCGUGGCGAUCGUCAUGUGCAUAACACGAAAAUGCCCUAAAAACAAUAGAGGCCGAAGACAGAAGCAAAACCUAGGUCAUUUUACUUCAGAUACAUCAUCCAGGAUGGUUUAAACUGAUAACUUUUAUAUGUACACUGGCCAUGUGAUGUACAUUUAUUAUGUCUUUUUUUAAAGAAUGGAAGUAUUUAUUUCAGAGGCCUUAUUUUUGGACAUUUUUAGUGUAGUACUGUUGUCUUGUAGUUAGAAUAUUCAACUACAGCAGUUUUGGACUGUUAACUAGCCUUUUAUGUUUUUAAAUACUGAAAUUGAUUUCACAAAAUUUGUACCACAUGGUAAUUACACUACUUCUUUACCCAUGGAAUGUAAUAUUUUUGCAAAGAUGAACCACUUCACAAACAGUUAAAAAUUCAUACCCCCUUCUUUCACAAUGAACACAGCAGAUGACCAAGCAUGAACUAAAGGUAAAGAUGUUUACAGAUCACUUUUCUUACAAAAAAAAAAAAAAUCUAGAAGACACUUUGUUUAAAUAGACAUUUACAUGUUUUUUGAGAUUUAGUAACUGAUUUUUUAGACACCACCUAUCGCAUGAAUUGUAAAGCUAUAUGUGUUAGAUGUGAAAUAUUUAUAAACUGUAUGGACUGAGAUUUGACUAUUUCUCUCUUUAAAAAUUCUGAUAAUCCAAAAGUUUCUGGUAGCAGUGACGGAGCAGAUCAUUGAAAAAAGGUAGACUUAGGUAUUGUAAAAAGAGUCUGUUUAACAGAAAGACUAAAAUCAAACGUAUUCUAAGUAAAGCUGCUUUAAUACACAUCCAUUUUAAAGAAGAUAUUUGUUUUAACAUAAAUAACACAUCAUAUUCGUGUUUGUGAAUAAACUGCAAAAACACUUGCUGAUUGGUGCUCUUGAAGUGAGCUUAAAAAUUAUCUGAGACCUCUACCCAAAUUUGUCUUGUAGUAAUAGCUGUACUAAUAGAACGUAGCUGUUUAAAGAUCAGAAGUGUGAGUAGAAUGUAUUCAGCUGCUUAACAUGUUUAAAUAUUCAGAAGUAUGCAUGUAGAAUUUGAGAAUAUGUUUAAAAUUAAAUAUUAAUUUUAAUAUUUGGUUUGGAAAAGCAUGGUAUAAUAUAAUGUUUUCACCAUGUGGCCUCUGGCGUGUUUAUUUACUACAUUCUUGGAGAUUGACCUGUCAGUGAAUUCAGUAUAUGAAUAAGAUCUCAAUUAAAAAUUACCCUUUGCUUUGA